AUUAGAAUGAGUGCAGUGACACACAUCAUCAUAACCAAGUCGAAGACUCACUGUGGAGGAGACGUUAGAGCGAUCGCAUGCCCUGGAGGGAUGUUUCUGAUUUGGAUUCUAUGGAAAACCGGAAUAUACUAGUACCGAAAAGCCCUUUGAAUGGAUUAUGCGUAUAGAUAAGAACAGGGCAGGAUAAAUCACCUUAUGUCACAAGGAAAGGUGUUGCUUCACCGGUAGCAUCAUGCCAGUUACAUUUGGAGAACUCAGCACCCUUACGACUCCACUUUCGGUAGCCCGUCUGUGCGCUUUGUUCUUCAGCUGCCUCACUUUCAGCCUGGCCCCAUCUGUGCACUAUAACCCUCAACAUAUCUAUUUUCAAACCUUCUACAGCUUCUGCAUGGUGACAUGGUGCCUCUUCUUUGUCCUGACCUUCCUUGUUGUGGUCAUCCACUUCAUCCAAUUCCACAACCUGUUACCACUUUCUUGGAAGAACCUCACGGCCACCGUGGCGACUCUUGGUGCACUUAUGGCUUUUUCUGCCUUCUUUGCCUUCACGUGGAUCCUAGUGGAUCAAUCGGAAAAGUCUGACCCUAGGAAAAUAGUGGUCGCUGUGGGCUCCUGUCUGACCUUGCUGGCUUACAUCACAGAGCUUGUGCUGAUUCGAUCGCAAAGUGAUGGCCAGCAACGAGGCUACAUGGCCACCGUACCUGGACUGCUCAAGCUGCUUCAGGUCUUUGGAGGAUGUGUUGCCUUGGUGCUCCUCUGCAUCCAAUCGUAUCAUUCAUGGAUGACCUGUGUGUUGGCUGUGGCCUACAGUGUGUGUCUGCUUCUGUCUGUGGCCACGGUCCUAGUGAUGUUAAUGGACUGUGCAGCUCGCAGCCCGGUACCAUUUGACCGCGUCCUCGCCAGCUUCAGUCUACUGGGAGUAAUCUUUUAUACCACAAGCACGGUGGUUUGCUUCAUACGAGCACUCGAGCACCAUAAUGACAAUGGCAGUGAGAAAUGCAAAGUCUUUAUAAUGAGCGAGACAGUGCUAGCAUGCAUCACUUUGCUGGCGUACACGGUGGACCUGGCGUUCUCUAUUAAACUGCUGCGCGACCGAAAUUAAGGACAGACAUCCUGAAAAAUGGAGGACAUGGAUUGUUAUCUAAAAGCAGGGGUGAUGUUCUUGGUAAUCCAGUAUUAUUUAAACAAUGCAUGGUUGUGUCUUAUUUGUUAAUUAUGAUGAACAGGCAAACAGUCUUGUAUUCUGAGAAAUACUGUUUACACAUUUUUUUUCUUUACUUUAAUUCCAGCUGGAGUUUCAGUUUGAGAUAAAAAAGAAAAGUUUACGUCAGUCUGGGGGGUUUUUUUGGGAGGGGUGGGGUGGAAAAUUUCAGAUCUAAAAACACACUAGACUGAAAGUGCUAAAAAAUACCUUUCAAAAAUACUGUAUAUGUGUUCUGCCAGUGGCUUAAUAGAGUCAUCCAUAUCUAGACUUAGUUUCCAUUUAAUUAAAAUGUCUUCAUUCAGCUCUUGUUUAACUGUUUCACGUGAGGCAGCUGCUUAAUCAGCAAAAUGUUUAUUGUUUAAUAUAUUGAUUGAUUAGUGUUUUAUGGAUUUUUAGAGAUUAACAAUGGAUAUAUAUCAGAUUGGUUUGAAUUUGGCUCAGGUGCACUAUGUUGUCUUGAUUUUGCGAAUCUUUUACUACCUGAAAAAGAGUAAUGCCAGAAAUGGAUCAUUAACCCCAGUAUUAGUACUGUAUUGGAGUGGAAAAUGUGAGAACGGUGCAUCCUAUUACCAUUUAUCUGCUGUGUGUUAACCUAUUUUUAUUGUGAUAAAAUAGAAGCAGAAAACAUCAUAGAAAUAAAAUACAUAAAAUAAAGAAAUUGGACCAAUAAA